UUUUCCUUUUACUAUUUAUGAUCUCUCCCCCGCUGUUUGAAAUUUUAAUCUGAAAUGCAUAUUCACUUGCCAAAAAUAGCCGUUGCCAUCCAGCUCUGCUUUCCCAUUUGAUCCUUAUCUUUGUUUUUAAGGAAUUCUUUUGUAGGAUAUGAAGAUUCCUGAAUCUCUCUAACCGUGCGUAGUUCCUCGAAUCCGGCUCAGUUCACAUUCUUCGCCCUGUUAUAUUGUUCUCUUUAUCAUCGCUCCAAAUUUCUAAUUUUUCAGGUAGUUCGAGUCCUUAUUGACUCCGGAGCCUUGCAGAUUAUAUUCUGGGUUUUCCUUCGCUUUUGGGAUUUAGGGCUUUCCGGAGAAGGUGAAGCAAAGCAAUCAUGGGUAUGAAUACCGGGAGUGAGGAAGCAGUAACAAAGAAGGGGAGAUUUGCUGCAAUCGUAGUUUGCUGGUUCUUAGGAAAUGGAUCUCUUAUUUCAUGGAACAGUAUGUUAACAAUUGUAGAUUACUAUGCUCAAGUAUUCCCGAGAUACCAUCCGACAAGAAUGCUCACUCUUGUUUAUCAGCCUUUUGCCUUCAUAACCAUUGCAAUACUCACAUAUCAUGAAGCAAAGCUCAAUACCAGAAUGAGGAACAUUCUUGGCUACACGCUUUUUUUCAUAAGCUCAUUUCUCGUAAUCAUUUUAGAUUUGGCAACUUCUGGGAAAGGUGGUGUUGGAGCCUUCAUUGGUAUAUGCCUUAUUAGUGCAGCUUUUGGUGUCGCUGAUGCUAAUGUUCAAGGGGGCAUG